UAUGUUUUGCUGGUUCAAGAAAUGCCAUGGAGUUCAUGUUUGGUGUACCCUCACGCAAAGGAAGAUGACAUAUGGUUGGUUUUUUGUCACUUGGCCAUUUAUUAAAAAGGAAGCCAAAAGGGCUAAAGUGUUGAGAAAAUUUUGGUAAUUUUAUUCCCCACGUCCCUGAGCUUAUUAAUUUGAUGCGAGGACUAGGGACGUUGGAGAGGACUUUGAGUUUAGGUCCUCUCUAUUUUACACUUUUUUGCCUUUAUUAUCCUUAUUUUUGCCUCUCUUUUUUUUUUUGGCUUUGAUUAUUUGAUGAAAACAAGGCCCCAGCCUCAUUAAAGAAAAAAAAAAUAUUCAUGAAGGCUCCUCUUUUGGAUGGCCAUAAUUUUGACAACUUAGUAGAAAUGAUUUUGACGUUGAUAUCAAAGAAUAGCACGGCUAUUUGUACUCUUCAGAAAGCUUCAGGAGCAACCAUGAAUGCGUUAGUGGCAACCAACAGGAACUUCAAGCGGGCAGCUAAGCUGUUGGGGUUGGACUCCAAGCUUGAGAAAAGUUUGCUGAUUCCAUUCAGAGAGAUUAAGGUUGAAUGUACCAUACCCAAAGACGAUGGCACUUUGGCGUCUUUUGUCGGGUUCAGAGUUCAGCAUGACAAUGCCAGAGGUCCAAUGAAAGGAGGAAUCAGAUACCACCCAGAGGUUGAUCCAGAUGAAGUCAACGCGUUAGCGCAACUUAUGACAUGGAAAACUGCAGUGGCAAAUAUUCCCUAUGGUGGGGCUAAAGGUGGAAUAGGGUGUAAUCCAGGGGAGUUAAGUGUGUCUGAACUGGAACGACUUACCCGUGUGUUCGCUCAAAAGAUACAUGAUCUAAUUGGAAUCCACACAGAUGUUCCAGCUCCUGAUAUGGGAACUGGUCCGCAGACUAUGGCAUGGAUACUGGAUGAGUACUCCAAGUUUCACGGCUACUCACCCGCUGUUGUUACUGGAAAACCAAUUGAUCUCGGUGGAUCUCUAGGCAGGGAUGCUGCAACUGGACGAGGAGUGCUCUUCGCCACAGAAGCCUUGCUUAAGGAGCACGGGAAGACCAUAUCAGGGCAACGAUUCGUCAUUCAGGGUUUUGGAAAUGUGGGUGCCUGGGCCGCUCAGCUAAUCAGUGAGCAGGGUGGGAAGAUCGUUGCCGUAAGUGACAUCACUGGAGCUAUAAAGAACAGCAAAGGGCUUGAUAUUCCAAGCCUACUCAAACAUGCCAAGGAACACAAAGGUGUGAAAGGAUUCCAUGGCGGGGAUCCGAUCGAUCCCAAAUCAAUACUAGUAGAGGACUGUGACAUUCUCAUUCCAGCAGCCCUAGGAGGUGUCAUCAACAGGGAGAAUGCAAGUGAUAUUAAAUCCAAAUUUAUUAUUGAAGCUGCCAACCAUCCAACCGAUCCCGAGGCUGAUGAGAUUUUGUCAAAGAAAGGUGUUGUUAUUCUUCCAGAUAUAUUUGCUAACUCGGGAGGAGUCACUGUUAGUUACUUUGAGUGGGUUCAGAACAUCCAAGGAUUCAUGUGGGACGAAGAGAAGGUGAACAAUGAACUAAAGAAUUACAUGACCAGAGGUUUCAAAGAUGUGAAAGAGAUGUGCAAAACCCACAACUGUGAUCUGCGUAUGGGAGCCUUCACUCUAGGUGUUAACCGCGUUGCACGAGCUACUGUUCUUAGAGGUUGGGGAGCCUGACAUGUUUGCUGCUCUGAAUAAAGAUAGGCUUCAACGAGGCCCCUCAUACUCGUCGAGAUUUCUCUUGCUUAUGGGAGUUUAAACAUCUUUCCUGUCGUGUAUUGCCUUAAUUUCCACCUCUUAAGGUGUUUCUCGUAUGAACUGCAAAUUCUCUUACAGGAAGUAGGGAGGAAUUGCUGAGGUUUUAUGGCCUAAUAAGUGUUUUCUUUUAGCUUUUUGGUUUCUUUUGAGGUGGAAAGAUUUGAUCUUGGAUACCCUCGAGGCUUUUAUCACUGCCCAAUUCCUCGUUGGCAAAGUUUAUUGUAAGGUGGAAAUUGCGUCAUGGGUUCUUAAUAAUUUGAACUUCCUAUUCAUAAUUCCACUUUUCAAA